CCAACCGUUUAGCCAACCAGCCCGCUCUCCAUACAGCGGUGACAAUAUUUGUGCAUUCAAAUCCAGUUUUGAUUGUUGUGUUAAUGAAUAAAUUGUGUAAAGUGCAUGCGUUUUGUCUGCGACCACUGCGACUGAGACGCCAACGUCGACAACAACACAGUGGACAAUGAAAACACUUUGUUGGUGGUCGAUUGAAAGAGAUUUCUCAUUCGGUGCGCCUUUGUAUUCGUUCGUACGUACGUACGUACCAUCCCCCACUACCGCCGUUGUCUACUUAACUUAAGAGAAAUUCUAUUUGGCCCACGAUCGAAAGAAUCAUUUAUUAUCAGAAAAUAAUGUGCAUUCAUAAAUUCAAUUCGAAUUUCCAUUAAAACAAAACAAAAAGAGCCCCUUUAAUAACAAAUGAUGGUUUAUGCAGGAAUAAUGGCUUGUUGCAUGUAGCAAAUGGUGGAAAUAACAGUGAAAAUGUGGAUAAUAAUGAAUGAAAAUAUUUUUAAUAAACAGCCGAAAUCCUCCAUUGAGUUAAAAGAAAAGAAACAACAGAUGGCAGAGGUUGACACCAUACGCCAUUGAAACAAAAUCCAAGACAAAUUAGUGGAAAAGCAAAACAAAACAACCAAAAAGGUACCCACAAAGAAAGCAUCAAAAGAAUCAUGUGGAGAAUUAACAGAAUAUAAAAAAAGAAACGAAACGAAAUGAAUGUGGCAACAAGUGUUCAAGCAUUGAAAAAAUUUACGUUCUACCCUAAGAGAUCAUGAAAAAAAGUCAUAAUGUUGUAAAAAUCAUCAUCGAUCGAAAACCCAUACUAAAUUAAAGCUAACAUUUACAGCAUUUUGCUGAAUACAAAAAAAAAGGAAAUUAAGUAUAAAUUUUCGAAAAAAGUGCAAUCGUGAGCCACUAUUAAUCGAAGUUCAAGAAAGAAAAUUUACUUGAAACCAAUUGGCAUAUAACAGUAAAUAAUUGCUUCUAACGCAAAACAGCUGUUAUCGUUGUUUUACACCAACAUUUUCUAUUAACUCAAAGAAAUUACUGGAUAAUUUCUCUAUUGAAUUGGAUAACUUUAAAGAUACUGGAUUCGUGUACAAUUCUUUUAAAACCUUUAAAGAGUAUACCCAAUCACAACCAGGCAUUUAAUAACCCCUCCAUACUCUGCGUCAAGAAUUGGAACAGAUUUCAAAUUUCCCUUGAAUUUUGUUUCGGAUUGUCGUAUUGAAGGAUAAAAAUAUUACAUUUCAAGUGGCUUGACUCGCUAUUCACACGGAAAUCCACACUUCACAUUGCAUCCUCUAUAAUGUCAAGUGGUUUUGUAUAAACACCCGCUCCGCAAUACAAUCUCACCAUAGUCGAAGUCAGUCACUCAAACGGCAACAAUAAUUCCAGCACAGUUCUUGCACAAACAUCCAGCCGUAACCUGCAGCCCUACACAAGUUGGCUGGCAUGGCUAUGCAUCACAACGCCAUGUUACCGGGUUCGGCGAAAUUUCAGUCGAGGCCCUCCUCGCCACCAUUUGCAGGAUUUUCGCCACCCAACGACUAUCCCCAUCCUCAUGCUCAGGAUCCAGUUGCAUCGAUGCAGAUGCAGCAACAUGCUCUGGCACAGCAACAGCAGCACCAGCAGCAGCAACAGUUGCAACAUCAUCAGCAGCAAAUGGCUCAAAAUCAUUUCCAUUCAAUGGCAGGACGUCACUCGGGUCGCAACAUGACUGCCACCGCCAGCAUGAAGAAGAGAUCGGCCUCCUCAUCACGCGGUCAACAUAUGGUCAAUUCUAAUACCAUGACCAGUGGUAUGAUAUCCGCAGUGGGUGCGGGAAGUUUGGGCCAUCAUCGAGGAGAUUUAAUAUUCCCCGACGAGUCGGAUACCAUAGAGUUUUGUAUGCCUCCACAACCGGGUUCAUCUAAUGGCAUUGGUCAUGGCAUUAGUAGUGAACUACUGUUGACACAUGGGAAAAAUGGUCUGUGUACUGGUGAGGCCUUUGCCGAGCGACGAAGGAGAGGUCACAGUCGACGAAGUAACCAUAAAAUGGAUGUUGAACAACAGGUUAAAUGGUCUCGCAACAAUAUUGCCGCCACAAUGGAACGUUUCGAGCCCACACAGCAUCAUUCGUCCUCUUCAACUUCAUCGCUGGAAUACGGGUUUGCCGCCAGUGUUGUUACACCAUCGUCAACACCAUCGCAUCACUCCCAGCAUCAAAUUUCACCUGCUCCCUCACAAACAUUUCAGAGUGCUGCCACAUCGAGUGUGGCACCCUACAACCAUGUCUAUUCGUAUGCCUACUAUGAACCUGGUGCUGCCAAAUGUCAUACGAAUAUACCACCAAAAGAGGAAGCUGCUGCCAUUAUGCCAGCUGCAGCUACUCAAGUUGCGGCUUCAACAGCCGCAGUGGCAGCGGCGGCGGCAGCUGUUGCUGGCCCUUCCAAGAGUCCAACCCGCAAUUCGAUACGAGCCCUGUUGGCGCGAAGUUUUCGUUCGAAACCCAAAAAUUCUCCCUCAACUUCGUCAUCGCCCAGUGGGGCGGAGGAUCGUCACAAUUAUACCACACGUUAUGGCACUACGGAGAACCUCUACGAAGAGGUUAACGAUCAGAAGAUACGCAAGGUACUUUCCGAUAAUCGUAUUGUCAAGUCCAAUGUCAUUGAAGAGAUACGCAGAGUCCAACACAAUCACUUUAGAGUUUUAGAUGAAUUAAAUCUAUCGCUGGAGGCUUUGAUUAUGCCCGAGACUCCGCCCGAUAUAAGUCCCAAUGUGGAGGUGCCCGAAGGCCCUCCAGUGGCUAGCGCCAAUGUAGCGGCGGUGCUGGCUACACCCACGGCUACGGCACAGAAGCCCCGACGAGGAGGCCUGCUGGGAGGUGCAGCUUCCACAUCCUCGUCAACAGUGUCUUCGUCACAGCCGCGUACCUUGUCUCACGCCAGCCUAGAGAACCUUUCGUCAACUUUUAACUCAAUAGAACUGAAAGAUCACGCCCAUCUUUCGUGUAUUAAUCCAGAAUUUGAUGAGGGAGAUUUGGACAGUGGCUUUAGUGGCAGUGGCAGCAGUAGUGGAGCCAGUUACAAUGAAAGUCUGCGUUACUAUAAAUCCGGCCAUACUCCCAACCACCAUCCUCAUCACACCAUGCACCACCACCAGGUGCAGUUGCACAAUCACCAGGUGCAACUGCAUCCCACACAUCAGCAGCAACAGCAGCAGCAAACGCAGCAACAACAACAGCAGCAGCUUCAACAACCCACCACUUUACCCCACAAUAUGCGCAGUUGUCGAUCUUCCACGGCAUCCGGUUCAUCAACUUCCAAAAGUAGCACGGUUUCAUCCGAGGAUCAGGGCAUUGCUAUGAUGACUUCAUUAGGCAGCUGUGGAACAGCCGUCACUUCGCCAGCAUCGCCCUUCCAUUAUAAUCGCUGUUGCGCCGACAUACAGCGGGCAUCGGCGCGUUCGGCCUCUGAUUCCUCAGCGACGGGUGCUAAACCAAAAAAGAACUUUUGGAAAAUAAAACCGUGAUGCUAUAAAAGGGCUUUACGUAAACUCUGCAAGCGUUGGAGUAUAGUGGUGGUAAGUUAAAUUAGUUCGUCCGCCAACCCCUACUCCCCCCACAUAACUGUUUCUUCUUUCUCGAUCCAUCUAUCUAUCUAUCUCUCUCCCAAACUAUCUUGUAAACUCUGUCUAUCUUUAUACAUUCUAAAUUUAAGGCAUUAUAUACAAACAAAAAGAAAAACAAGUGAUGUAUUUGUAAAAACAAAACAAAAACCUAAAACGAAAUAUUUAAAAACAAGCUAAAAAUAAACACACACACACAGAAAACCUUAGAAAGCUA